UUUUUCGUUAAUUCCGUUUAUCAAUUUUCUUCUAUCUCACAACCUUUUCUCCCAAACCCCCAGCAUUUGCGUUUCUAUUUCUGUCUUUCUUUGACUCCUCGUCAUUAUCCUUCGAUAUUCAUUUCUUAUUGAUUUUCCACCUCAAUCGAAGGAUUUUGCAAUCGUCUUGGAAUUUUCAAGAAGCUCGCAUCAAUUCUCGGCGACGAAAUUGAAGACUCUGCGGUGGAAUUUGCAGAUCUUUUCCAUCUGAGUUUUUCAUGGAGACAGUCUUGUAUUAAAAGUUAUAAACAAUUGCUGGAAAAGGCGAAGUACCAAGGAUGAUGAAACAUCAGUGGCGGGAUUCAAUAAAAUCCUUUGUCGGGGAUCACGUUUCUCCUGAGAAAACUGAACAGCUUAAAGAGAAUAAAAAUGAAAUCGAGAAUAAAGUGAAAAAGAUCUUGAACCUGAUCAAAGAUGAAGGAGAAGAAGGCAAUUCCAUAGUAAACUCGAACAGAGAGUCAGAACUCUUCGACCUCGUCAAGGAUUUCCUGGAACAAUAUCAAUCACUCUAUAACCAUUAUAAUCAGCUUACUGCAAAGUUACAGGAGAAGUUUCAUUACCAAGAAGGAAAGGAUGGUGACUUAUCAGCUAGUUCCAGCACAGAUUCUGAUUCAGAUCAUUCUUCCAUAGAGAGAGCCAGUGAAAAUGGAACACAGGGAAAUGAGCUUCAAAAGCGGGACAAAAUCUUUAAACAAGAACUUCAAGCUGCAAAUGACCAAGUUGCUGACCUGAAGCAAAGAUUGGAAGAUGCAUACAGUGAGAAGGAAGCUUUGAGAGCAGAUAUGGACAAAGCUUUGAGUAGUAUUGAUGAGGGCAAGAAAUUAUCCGAAGACCUGCAUGCCAAAGCUGAUCUAUUGAAUGAUGAGAAGUCAACAUUGUCGGUUGAGAAUGGAUCAUUAAAACAAGAACUGGAAUCUAUGAAAGGGGAAGUUUCUGAUCUGAAGCAAAGACUGGAGUCUACAAAUGAGAGGGCUGCUGAUUUAUCUCAGGGACUGGGUUCUGCUCAGGAGGAGAAUAUGGCACUGGCUUCAAAAAAUGUAGAAAUGUCAAAUGGCAUUGCUCAGGCACAGAGAGUAAUACAGGAACUUACAGAAGAAGUUCAACAGUUGAGUCAGAGAUCCAAAGAGAGUGAAGCUGAACAUGCUGCACUCAAAAAGAUACGCGAGGAAUUUGAAAAUGAAUCAUUAGCUCGAAUAAAGGGUUUUGAGGCACAGGUAACUGAUUUGCAGUCAGAGCUGGACUCUUUACGAGCCCAGAAAAGGAAUCUGGAACAGAACUUUGAAGAUAAAUCAAAGGAAACUAUGCAGUUGGGUGAGGAAAAUUUGGGGCUGCUUUCGGUUCAAACUGAUCUACGAGGCCAAAUCUCAGAGUUGGAAAUAAUAUCAAGAGAGCGAGGGAGUGAAAUUUCUGUUCUCUUGAAGAAAAUUAAGGAUAGCCAGAGCGAGACAACAACUCAAACAGAGAAUGUAACAGCGCAGUUGAACAAUCUGCAACUGGAGGUGGACUCGUUACAUGCUCAGAAAAGUGAUUUGGAAGAGAAAAUCAAAUGUAAAAGUGAUGAAACUAAACAAUUGAGGGAGGAGAAUUUGGUAUUGCAGCAAGGCCUAACUGGCUUGCGAGAUCAGGUAAUUGAAUGGGAAAGAACAGUGAAAGAAAAAGAAGGCGAAAUCUCUGCUCUCGAUGAGGAACUGAAGGACAGAAAGAAGGAAACAGCAGUUCAGAUCAAUGACUUGCUACUGGAACUAGAUUCCUUGCGGACUAAGGAAAACCAAUUACAAUUGCAAAUUGAGGAAAAAAACCAAGAAGUUCCAGAAUAUGAGAAGAAGAUUGAAAAUCUGUAUCGUGAAAAAGAUCAUCUGGCAGUGCAGGUAACUGACCUUCAGCUGGAGGUGAAGUCUUUAUUGUCACAGAAAGGUGAAUUAGAAGAGCAGAUCAAAAUUAAGAAUCAUCAAGCAGAGGAGUUGAGGGAGGAAAACCAGGCACUGCAGCUCAUGGGGACCAAGUUGCAAGAUCAGAUUUUGGAUUUGGAGAGAAUAUCAUCAGAGAGAGGAGAUGAACUCUCAGCUCUUCUGGAGAAACAUGAGGAUAGCAAGAAUGAAGGGUCAGCUCUAAUCACAGGCUUAAUGGCACAGGUCAAUGAACUGCAAGUGGAGUUGGACUCGUCGCGCUCCCAGAAAAGCCAAUUGGAAUUGCAGAUUGUGGAAGAAAAACAAGAAGCUGCGGGAAGACAGGCCCAAGUGGAGAAUAUAAACAUGGAGUUAACUAGCAAGGUUGCUGAUCAGAAGAGAUUGCUAGAUGACCAGGAAGAUAGAAUCAGCAAGUUAACUGAAGAGUACAAACAACUUGAGGAUCAAUGUCAGGAAUCGCAAGAGAGUCUCCAAGUGGCGCAAAAAAAGAUUGAAGAAAUGGGAGAAGUGUACCAAAGAAAUAUUGAUUCUAAAGAUGAGAUGAUUCAUAUGUUGCAGAGGAUGGCUGAGGAGCUGAAGAAAGAGGUAGAAAUUGGAAGAGAAGAGGUUACUACACUGAAAACAGAGUUGAGUGAAUUGGAGGGGAAUCAUAGAGAUCUUCAGGAAAGGCUUGACUCCACAGAAUCAGAUAAGACAGUUGCAACUGUAGAGAAGGAGCGCCUUUUGUCUGAAACCACAGAAAAGAUGCAGAGAAUUCAAAGAGAGCAGCAAGGUGAGAUUGCAAGGUUACAGGAUGAAAUCAACACUAUUGAAGUUAAACUACGGCUGUCAAACCGGAAGCUACAUGUCACUGAACAAUUACUCACUGAGAGAGAUGAAAGCUACAGGAAGAAGGAAGAGAAGUUCCUACAAGAAUGCAAAGAACUUGAGGAAAAAAAUGCCAACUUGUCCACUGAGAUUGCUACUGCUCAGAGUGAUCUCAUAGAGAUCAGGAAUACACUGGAGAAGAUUAGCAAUUCAUUCUCUGGACUUGAACUGGUGUUCCAGAAGUUCCAGGAAGAUGACAGUUCCUUCCGGAACCGUAUUGCUGAAGUCUCAGAAGCACUUCGGAUUGCAAAGAUCUGGGUCAUGGGCUCAAAUGAUAAGAAAGUAGAACUGGAGAGUUCUGUAGGUAAUCUAAUUGAGCAACUGAAAGAUAAGCAAGAACAGGAAAUGGAGCUAAGAGAGAGAGUUGGGGCGUUAGAAGUGAAGGUGAGAGAGGGGGAAGAGGAGAAGGAGAAACUGAUGAUGAGUGUAACUGAACUUGAGAAGAAGGCAAGAGAAUUGGAAAAGAGACUCAAAGAAAGAGAAGAUGUGGUGCUCAGUAUGGAAGAAGAGAAGAAAGAAGCUAUAAGGCAGUUAUGCAUUUGGAUUGAGUACCACCGUGAUCAAAUCGAUUUUCUGAAAGCAUUGAUCUCGAAAACAAGAGUGAGCAACCAGAGGGCAACUUAGAUUUCAUUUCAUCUUUUUUGGUUUUUCGUGGAUGUGGUUCAAUCGGUCUUAUCAUCUUCAAAAUUUUUCAUUUUCCCUCCAGGGCAGCUGUGUUUGUUAAUUGAAUUGUGUGGUCAAGAAAUUAGCUGAAUGAGAAGUGAAUAGAAAUUUUAGCUUGUUAUUUCAAUUGAUGUAUUGUUUGAGAAAAUUUUACUACCCCUCUAGAAGGGGAUAAAAAUUGUUGAUUGAACUUUAAACCCCA